UUGCCCGUCUCUGCCUCUACUACCGUUCGCCUCUGCUGCCCCGACACGCUACCUGCAUCCUCCCGUUACCGACUCGCUGAUCCCAUCGCCGAUCGCUAAACCUCUCGGAACGGUGAAGGCACAAGCUACGUUGCUGCAGCUUGCUAUAACAACCCAACGCCAACGCAUAUCCGCCCCAUAACUGCAUUUCGCUUGUCGCACAAAGCAGUUCUAUCGCUGUCUUUAAUUUUACACCGAAACUCCUUCUGCAGCCCGAAGACCGUACCGUCGAUACCCGACAGUACAAGCCGAAGCUUCUGACCUCCUUUCCAUCCAGCGCGACUACCUGACCAACUCGCGCUUUGACUCACCCGUCAGCCCCUGCCUCCCAACAGUAAACAUGGCUGCUUCCGCCCAGAAGCCGAUGUCUAACAUCGCCAUGGCCUUUGGACGCCAGAACAGCGGCCAUGCUGCUUCGACCGGCACCCUCCCUACGCCCCCGAGUUCCAUCUCUCCGACGCUCCCUGCGCACAAGCGCCGCCCCAUGCCCGUCGUCGGGCGCCUGCACACACCAGAAGAGGAGUCUAUGGAUAUAGAUCUCCAGGAUGCGGUGGAACAUGCGGCAGCGCAGGAUCAGCCUUCCGCGCUUUCCAAGGAGGCGCUGGCAGGCUUGGAUGCGACGCGCCAGAUUACGGCGCUGAUGCUGGCCAAGCACCAUCUGCCAGACAUCAUCGAAGGCCACGGCGCAAUGCCCAUCCGCGAGAUGAUGGCGCAUCUGACACAUGCGGUACCUGGCUUCUCUGGGUUACCCCCUGCGAAGGCCCGUAGGCUAGUCGUUGCGGCGCUGGAACAUCGCGCCGGCGGCGGUCUGCACGGAGAGGUCAAGUUCGAGAAGGUCGGCUGGGGGCGUUGGAGUGUAGCUGGCUCCGGCUCACAGGUUGCAGGAAUGCCCAUCGGUGGUAAGCGCUCUGGAAACGGGCGCGCAACACCAGCGAGUGUCGAUAGCAUCGGGGGCAGCCUCCAAAUACCCAAGUUGCGACAAGAGCGCGACGUCUACUCUGGCAGCUGGAAUGCUGGCUCGUGGUCGCCGCACCGCCAGGGCGAGGACGAAGAAAUGGCUGACCAGAUGUCGCUGGACGACUCUGAAGGCAGCACCGAGUCCGACUCGGCUUCCGACAUGGAUCUAGAGGAAGAACUUAACGACGACACGGAUCAAGAAGACUGGGCGACGAUGGGGCCUGAAGCUCUUCGCGAGACCCGCCGCGGUCCGCGCCGAGAACACCGCGAUUACAACUAUCUAAGCCGAACUCAGACGAGCAACCCGCGCUACCGGAGCAUAUCCGCCCAGGCCCACUCUCUGCCUCAGCCUCAAUCUCACCACGAACGCACUGCGACGCCCACGCACAAACCUUUCCUUACUGUUCCACAUGCAUCCCACGGUAAUCACGUCGUGAACGCGGGCUCUCCUUUGACUUCUUCCGUUUUUAAUGCACCGUCUGGUGUAGCCGGCUCGGGCGCUGAGCGCGACGCUAUCGAGGCACUCAUUGCUAUGGGCUCCAUGUAGACCCUUUUACUCUACAGCAUCGCGCUGUGUAGAGCUGACGAACUUUGCGAAAUCUCACAAAGCCGUACGAGACACGACUGUUACACAUCACAU